CCUGGAGAUUCUACUGUCGCUAAAGAGCACCGUCCUCGUUCUCCCGUCUCUCUCCAAGGGAAGUGACGCUUGACGGAGACGAGGAACAGCGGCUGUCCGCGCCGCGGGUCAGAGAGGUCCUUUCUGCUAGACGGCCCACGGGUGCCACGCGCGCGAGCCAGCCGGUAACAUUUCGGUCAAUUCGAGGAGGUUCGCAUUUUUCUGACGGCAUACCCUUGUGACUUCCCCUCCUUCUCAUCUAAAGUCAAACGAUCUGUGCUUUUGCCUCUGUUUUCCUCGGUUUUUCUGCUGGGCAGUGCGCGUGUAGCCCUUCGAGGUGUGCAUUUCGGCCGGAGAGCGUCCCUAGGUAACUGCAGCUUUUCGGAGCCGUUCGUGUGUGGAAGCCUCUGCUACUUACGUGAUCUGCGUAUUUAUCGUUUCGCAGAUGGUUUUAUUUUCGUGUUUACAAAGUCGACUGGGAAAGCGCUAGAGAAUCAGGGGUUUAGCUCACUCUCAUCAAGUCGCUGUACUUCCUGACCCGCGCAUCGUCUAGCGGUGGACCGAGACGGUUUCGUCUAGACCGUCGAGAGGGUGAAACUCGAGACUGCUUGGUUCACUCAAAAUCCCUCCGUUCUUCAGAACACACUAACCGUUUGAAACAACAUGGAAAAUACAGAGAAAGAGGAUGCUCCGCGGGAGGGAACGCCGGCAACUCCUGCGGUCCCAGAGACAGCGCAGAAUGCCAUUGCAAGUGCAUCUGCUACCGCCGGCGAGCCGUCAGCCCGAAGUGAAUCGAAACCUCUGGUCCUCGAAGUUCGUGGCUUUCUCGAAGUUGUCGAUGUCAAGGGCCCUCCAAACUUGAAUAUCCGGUCCGUUUCUGUAGCAGGAGUUCCCCGGAGACAGCUUUCAAAUUCCGCGGCUCGCGAAGCCACAGCGGUCAAGUCUGCAACGCCUCAGCGCGUUGGGAGCAAGGCAGAAGUGAAGAAGGAGGACGGGAAGGAAACGCGACAGCUGAUAUCCAAAGCCAGACCUGCGCCGAAACAGAUCGAGGCAGCCGCGCCAGAUGCCCAGGCUUCAGCACCUGCGGCGAAGCCGAAGCUAUUAGUGAAGAAGGCGGCGCCGACUCCCAAGGCUGCUGACGAGAAACAAGAGAAGAAACAGGAUACGCAGAUCGAAGAGAAGAAGGAAGGAGAGAAGGACGCGAAGAAGGUUGAAGCAGUGAGGAAGGUGCCUCUAGUCAACAAGGCCCCUGCGAAGGCGACGGCAGCGAAGCAGGAAGAAAAGAAGGCGGAAGAGGACGUGAAGGAAGCGGCGAAGCCUGACCCAGUGAAAAAGGUUCUCGUGGUGAAGAAGGCGCCUCCCAAGGCGAUGGCAGCGAAGAAGGAAGAGAAGACGGAGGAAAAGGAAGCGAAGAAGGAAGAAGAGAAGAAGGAAGAAGAGAAGAAGGAAGAAGAGAAGAAGGAAGACGAGAAGAAGGACGAAGCGAAGAAGGGAGAAGUGAAACAGGAAGAAGCGAAGAAGGAAGAAGUGAAACAGGAAGAAGCGAAGAAGGAAGAAGCGAAGAAGGAAGAAGCGAAGAAGGAAGAAGAGAAGAAGGAAGAAGCGAAGAAGGAAGAAGUGAAACAGGGAGAAGAGAAAAAGGAAGAAGAGAAGAAGAAAGACGACAAGGAGUUGAAGAAGGCUGAAUCACUGAAGAAGGUGGUUCUAGUCAAGAAAGCUGCUCCCAAGGUGAUGGUAGCGAAGAAGGAAGAGAAGACGGAGGAAAAGGAAGAGAAGAAGGAAGAGACGAAAAAAGAGACGAAAGAAGAGAAGAAACCCCAGGUGAAGAUGAUUGCGAAGAAGGCAGUCGUUCCCAAGGUGAGGGAAGAAGCGAAGGUCGAAGAGGCGAAGGUGAAUGCAGCAAAGGCAGUGCCUCAGGCGAAAGACAAGCCAGGAAAGAAAGACGACGUGACGGUGGAGAAGACAGAGGAAGCGGUGAAGGCUGCGACAGGCCUGGAGGCAGCAGUUGCGGCAGGGACGAGCAAGGAGGGCGAGGUCGUUACCUCUCCCUCCGACGAGGCUACGAAGCCCGUCGAGCAACAAACGAAGGAGGCAAAAACUCAGGAAAAAGACGCCAAAAAGGCUGCGUCUCUGAUGAAGAUCGUCGCGAAGAAACCGGCAGGCAAACCUGCUCCGAAGCUGCCGGCUGAUGCGGUGCCGGCGAGCAAGAAAGAGGCUCAGAAGGACAGCGCCAAGGCCGACCGCGAAGAAGUGAAGGCCGCAGAGACAAAGAAGGUGGUGAAGAAGGUCGCUGCGAAACCGUCUGGCAAGACAGCCGAGAAGCCUGAGGAACCGAAGGCCGACGGAAAGGCAGAGAAGGAACCCGCUAAGAAGGCGCUAGUCAAGGCGGUGAACGCUGCUGCCGGGAAGAAAAAAGAUGGCGAGGAGGCGGAGAAGAAGCCGGCGGCUGCCGCUGAGAAGGAGGGCCAUGCCUCUUCGUCGGCAGACGAAGGCUCUCAGAGCAGUUUGAAGAAGGUCGCGAAGAAGGCAGCCAAACGGAAGCCGUCUGCGAGUAGAGAAAAGAAGGUUGCAAGUGUCGCGAAACGCGCCGCGAAAGACGAGAAAUCGAAGGGCACUGUUGCCAAGGCCGAGACUGACGAAACGAAAACUGCGAAAAAGGAAAGCACCGAGUCAGCCGCCAAGACGCACAAGGUAGCAAAGAAGACAGAGGCGACAACGAAGAAGGAGGUGGCUAAGAAGACCGAAGCUGCGAAGAAGAAAGGAGAUACAAAAAAGGCAGACGCACCGAAGACGACGGAGGAGGCGAAGAAGACAGCGGAUGCGAAUAAGACAGACGGGGCAAAGAAGGACGAGGACAUGAAAAAGAUGGAGGAGGUGAAGAAGGUCGAAGAGGCAAAACAGAAGAAGGAAGCAAACAAGAUGGAGGAGGUAAAGAAGAUGGAGGAGCUGAGAAAGGUGGAGGAGAUGAAGAAGGCGUCUACAGAUGAAGAGACGAAAACGAAAGAGAAAGCAGGAGAACUCGUCAGCGCGGCUGCUUCUGCUACAUUUGAGGCUUUGCAGCCCAGCCAGAAGGCAACAAUGUCCAAGAAGGAAGCUCCCAUGGCGUCAGAGAAGACUCAACCUUCGUCUGGAAUACCGACCACGGCUUCUGGCGGCGGGCCUGCUAAACAGGCGAAUAAGACCGAGGAUGCGCAGACCGACGUUAGCGAGGAGGUGUGUGGUGUGGAGGAAAUGCCUCCUCGACACGAGCUGUCCGACGAGGAAUUCGUGCGGAGCAUCGAGGCGACGGCUAAACCGGCAUUGUCGUCCAGUUGCGUAAAAGGGGAGCUCGCAACCGGCGACCAGCUGAACAUCACCAGAGGCGAGCCUAUCACAAUCAUGCACGAUUUCACGAGCGGAUCAGCUCCAGAGUUCAUGGUGUUGCCGGAGCAAAUCGACUCGAAAGUCCCGCUGAUGGACCCAGCCAUCGAGCACACGAUCAGCGACGAAAUCGUAAAAAAGAAUGGUCGUAGCUUGAAUUGGUGCCAGUGCUGCGUCUUCGAGCGACCAUCGGACUACACGUACCGGACGAAGCCUCUUCCCUCGAGCAAAAUUCUCGCCCAGCGGCUAGCGACGCCGGAAAUCCAGAAGCGCUUGGAACAACACUCUGCUAUUCUGCAUCACCCGGGGAGCGUGUGGAUUCCGUCGGUUCCGAAAAGCCACAAAUCGUCUCACGCGCGCCCUCGAGAGAGCUCGAAGGCGGCUACGUUUUUGCGUGGGCUCGGUGUUUGUAGCUGUUUCUCGUGUGAACCUGCCCGGUCUAGCGUCGAGACAGAGGCCAUCAUCAGAACGGAAUGGGCAGCGAAGCAGCUGUCGGAAAAGUCUCCCGCAGAAACGGAGAAGAAAUCCGGGGCUGCUGAAGCAGACGCUGGUCAGACGCAAGCCGGCGACUCUUCAGCUGAGCAACAAUGGCAAGGCUACUACGAUGAAAAUGGACAGUGGGUUUCCUACAACCAGGCCGGCUACUACGAUGAGAACGGACAGUGGGUUGCCUACACCCAAGGCGGGUACUACGACGAAAACGGAAACUGGGUAGAAGCUCAGAAUCCCGGCGGCUACUACGACGAAAACGGAAACUGGGUACAAUAUCAGAAUGCUGGCGGUUACUACGAUGAAAAUGGAAAUUGGAUAGAAUCGCAGAAAGUUGGAGGUUAUUACGACGAAGCUGGAAACGGAGUAGACUCUCAGAAUGCUGGCGGUUACUAUGAUGAAAAUGGAAACUGGGUAUACUAUCAUAAUGCUGGCGGUUACUAUGAUGAAAAUGGAAAUUGGGUGUGGGCAAAUGCCACGGAAGCGGGUGCGGACCUGAGUGUCCAGAAUACGGCGGUCAAAGCAAACGAAGGCGCAUAGUAGCAAACGAAGGCGGAUGGUAGCAAACGGGAGUAUACCGAGCAAGGGUGGAACGGUUCGGGAUCCGCGGGUGCCGCCGGAACACACCAGGAUGCCCACACAACUGCCCUGAGCAGAGAGGGAGACAGAACCAGAAACGUUUGCUGGGAACAGAGGAAAACUGUUUCUGUGUAUGCCGGAUGAAGCGGCGGAGUGCAUACUGUCGAGUAGCAGUUAGUCUCAGGGUACGCUAAUGGCCUUCAGUCGUCUGCAGUUUUUUGUAGAUGCCGCUUGAGCUUGGAAUCGAACAUCUCUUGCUGCUGUCUACUUUAUGUUAGUCGCCGUGGUUUUUAGAGGGUCCGAAACGCAUCUCAAUGCGGUUGAUGUCUUUCCUUUAGCCGGGGGGAUAAGUACAGCGUACAGUGGGGAGGGACGUUAUGCAGCGUUGAGAUGAGUAGGCAACGGUCUGAGUGGAACUAUAUGACAAACCGUGUCUUACCACCCGAUGUCCAGUGUCAUGCAACGUCACCUGUAUAUAUCAGUGCUGUGGUAUUUUCCGACGCACGACAUCAGUUGUUCAUUUGCCGUCGGUGGGUUGUGGAAACGUUUUCAUUUUAUAAAGCAUAAAGUGGCUAGUUUUGUGCGCACGGGCAUUUUGCAUGAUGAUUUAUUGCAGCAGCCCGUUGUCCGUUUCCAAAAAUUAUUUCGAAUUAAUGCUCAGUGCGUCAACGUCCUGAAACGCACCAGAGAGAUGUUGAGUAAAACUUUAGAAAAGACG